CUGAAGCUCAAAACAGCGGGAUGGUUCAACCUUUGCUUUGACAACAUUACUUCAGUAAAUGCCCACCAUGGCGUCUGUAAUGGAGGAUCCCGCCCUGGAGAGACACUUCAAGGGACAUAAAGAUGCUGUCACCUGUACUGACUUUAAUCCAAACCGCAAACAGCUAGCCUCAGGAUCAGUGGAUAGGAGCCUGAUGAUCUGGAAUCUGGCUCCGAAGGCGAGGGCUUUCCGCUUUGUCGGCCAUCAGGAUGCCAUCACUGCGGUGCAGUUCUCACCCUCUGGUAACCUGGUGGCAACUUCCUCCAAGGACAGGACGGUCCGACUGUGGACACCUUCCAUAAAAGCGGAAUCAACUGUGUUCAAAGCACACACGGCUACUGUACGCAGUGUUUCUUUCUCUAAUGAUGGACAGAGACUGGUGACAGGGUCUGACGACAAGUCCGUCAAAGUGUGGAGCGUUCACCGGCAGUGCUUCCUCUACUCUCUCAGCCAGCACACCAACUGGGUGCGAUGUGCCAGGUUUUCUCCAGAUGGGCGGCUCAUCGCCUCCUGUGGGGACGAUCGUUCUGUCCGUCUGUGGGACACUUCCACCAAACACUGCAUCAACUGUUUCAGUGACUAUGGAGGAUCAGCAACCUUUGUUGAUUUCAACUCAAGCGGCACCUGUAUUGCGUCCUCAGCCGCUGACAGUUCACUGAAAAUUUGGGAUCUACGAACCAACAAGCUGAUUCAGCAUUAUCAAGUCCACAGUGCAGGAAUCAAUAGCUUUUCCUUCCACCCAUCCAACAACUAUCUGAUCAGUGGCUCCAGUGACAGCACUAUUAAGAUCCUGGACCUGUUGGAGGGACGACUCAUCUAUACCCUUCAUGGACACAAGGGCCCUGUACUCACAGUAGCUUUUUCCAGGGCCGGAGAUCUCUUUGCCUCCGGGGGAGCUGAUGGUCAGGUGCUAAUGUGGAGGACAAACUUCGACACCAAAUCCUACGAGGAGGUCCUACAACUACACAAUCGGAGGUCCACUCCUGAUCCUCCGCCUCACCUGACCGACAUCUACCCCCGAGGACCCCACCUUCACUACCCACAGUCCACAGGCAUUCAAAUUAAACCAAAGGUGGCAGACACUCGGUCCACUGACCCGCCUGUUAUAGAGUUAGGCCAACCUGUUCCCACCACCACGCGGCUAGUUUCUGCUGUGCCACCCCGACCUAGCCACCCACUCAUCUCCCAUCGGACAGAAAACCCUCGGCUGGCGGCGUGCCAGCAGCGCAUUCCUGCCACUAUUGACAGCGGUUACAGCGAGCUAUGA